AUGGCAAAAGGCAACCACUCAGCAUUCACAGAGUUCAUCCUCUUGGGCCUCACAGAUAAUCCAGAGCUUCAAACCAUUCUCUUCUGUGUAUUCCUCCUGAUUUAUUUAGUUACCGCCUUGGGUAAUCUUGGUUUGAUUGUGCUAAUCCAAAUCAGUCCUCAGCUUCACACACCCAUGUAUUUUUUCCUCUGUCAUCUGGCUUUUGUUGAUUUUUAUGGCACCUCUACCGUCACACCAAAUACCCUUGUGAACUCUUUACGUAAAAUUAAAAGCAUGUCAUUUUAUGCAUGUGCCACUCAAGUAUGUUGCUUUAUCAUGUCUUCAGUUUGGGAAUUAUUAAUGCUCUCUGUCAUGGCCUAUGACCGGUAUGUGGCCAUCUGCAACCCUUUACUCUAUGUAGUUCUCAUGCCUCGGAGGCUCUGCCUUCAAAUGGUCACUAGCUCUUACGUUUAUGGAUUCAGUGUGGGACUCAUCCAGGCCAUGGCUACAUUCCACAUGUCUUUCUGUGACUCGAAUGUGGUCAACCAGUUCUACUGUGAUGAUGUUCCCUUGAUUGCUCUGGCCUGUUCUGAUACCCAUGUCAAAGAGCUGAUGUUGUUAGUCAUUGCUGGGUUCAAUGUUUUCUGUUCUCUCAUCAUUGUUCUCAUAUCCUAUGGGUUCAUUGUCUUUGCCAUCUUAAGGAUCCAUUCUGCUGUAGGAAGACAGAAAGCCUUUUCUACCUGUGCUUCUCACCUGUUUUCUAUUAGUCUGUAUUAUGGGACACUCACUUUUAUGUACCUACAGCCCAAGUCAAGUCACUCACUAGAUAAAGACAAAUUUGCCUCAGUAUUCUAUGCCGUGGUGAUUCCCAUGCUAAACCCAUUGAUCUACAGCUUGAGAAAUCAGGAGGUUAAAAAUGCUUUGAAGAAAAUAAUUGAAAAGGUAUAUUCUAGCAAUCGAUGA